AUGAGCCUAAUCAAGCAGAAUAAGAGGUUUCUACUUGUUUUAGAUGAUGUUUGGAACGAGAAUCGUUUAUCCCACGAUGAUAGUUUGUCUUUAUUUGUGAAAUGGGCAUUUAAGGACAGGGAAGACAAAGAAUAUCCAAACCUCUUAGAAAUUGGAAAAGAGAUUGUGAAAAAAUGUAAAGGAAUUCCAUUGGCUAUAAGGACUUUAGGCAGCCUACUUUUCUCAAAGGUUGAUGAACUUCAGUACUGGAAAUUUGUGAGAGAUAGUGAGAUAUGGAGAUUAGAACAAAAGGAGGGUGAUAUUUUACCUGCAUUAAAACUAAUUAUGAUCAAAUGUCAUCUCACUUGCUUUGCAUUAUGUUCUCUUUUCCCAAAAGAUCAUGAAUUCUAUAGUGAUGAGUUGAUCUUAUUUUGGAUGGCGAAUGGUAUAAUGCCAAAUAGUCAAAAUCUAGAGUUGGAAGAUGUUGGCUACAUGUAUUUCAAGGAGUUGUUGUCCAAAUCUUUCUUCCAAGAUGUUAAGUGCACUUGGUUCUAUAGGUUUCAAAUGCAUGAUCUUGUCCAUGAUCUUGCACUCAAGGUUGCAGAAGAAGAGUAUUCAGUAGUCUACUUUCAUGCCAAAAACAUUGCUGGAACAGUUCAUCAUUUGUCAUUUUCACACGAUGAUUGUGGUCAAGAUGUUCCAAAAUACUUUGACACCUUAAAUAGUGGUGUGCGGACCACUUUGUUCCCAGUCGAGCAACAAGUGCCGACCUUAGUUGAAGCUUGCAUCUCGAGAUUCAAGUACUUGCGGAUGCUUAAUUAA